AUGAUGCCACGCCUUCAGAAAGUUUCACGCUCCCCGUCACUACCCCCCGGCGCGUCUCCAUCCCCUCAACCGAGCGCCUCCCCCGAGCUCCCCCCCUGCUCCCCGCCCCAGUACCUACAGGGUUACGGCUGGGUUUACCCCGACACCACUAACUGCAUUCCUAACCCCUCCCCGUCGGCGUCCCCGGCCACUUCCCCCGGUCUCUCUCCCAGUCUUCCCCCGUGCGACCCGCCCGAGUUCCAGGAGGGUUACGGCUGGGUUUACCCGGAAACAGAUAAUUGCGUUCCCCAAACCCCAAACCCCUCCCCUUCAGGGUCCCCGGUAGCUUCCCCCGGGCAAUCUUUGCCCCCCUGCCCGCCCCCUCGUUAUAACGAGGGUUACGGCUGGGUUUACCCGACCGCCAGGGACUGCAUCCCGCAGGCCCCGGGGGGAUCCCCCUCCCCGGUCCCUUCCCCCAACCUGCCCCCGUGCGCCCCGCCCCGGUACCAACCGGGUUACGGCUGGGUUAUGCCUGACCCCGCUAACUGCAUUCCGUCCAACCCUUUGACGUCCCCCGGUACCUACUUCCCCGAGGCGUCUCCGUCCGCUCGUCCCAUGCAUAUGCCUUCCCGGUCUCCUAAUCCGGGCGGUUACCCGAGUGGAAUACCUAACCCGGGUACUUCACCAAACCCCGGCAAUAUGCCUUAUCCGGGCGGGUUACCUAACCCGGGUGGGGCACCUAACCCGGGUGGUUCGACUAACCCGGGCGGUCUGCCGCCAUGCCCACCCCCCGUCUUCGACGCGCGCGUCGGUUGGCUGUACCCCGACCCAACCAAGUGCCAACCAAAUACCAACCCUACUGGCACCCCCAACAAUUGGUACCCUGGAAUGCCCGGCGGUUUCAACAACCCUCCGGCCAUGUACCCCAACUAUGGGCUGCCCCAGUACCCGCAGCAACCGGGGUACAACUACCGGGCAACCCAUCACGACCACUCGCGCGGUCAUCGCCACCGGUCAGACUCCGAAGGCGGCGACGGACAGAUCGUAAUCAACAUCGAGGAGAAUUUCAACGGUGGUGAUGCCCGGGAGAGCCGUACCGGCUGGGAUGAAAACGACGAGUACCAGCAGUCCGGGCCCCGAUAUGGGGGCGCCGGGCAAUACGGCGGGCCGGGAGUUAACCUCCAGGGUUUUUGGCCCGGUAACCAGGGUUACGGUGCCGGGUUUGGCCAGAACUGGCCGGGUCAAGCGAACUGGGGGCCCGGGUCUCUGGUGGAGUUCCCCUCCAGUACCAAUCCUACCGGUCACGGACACAACAACGAAAUGCGCGAGGAGCCCGCGCGCGAGCAGCCCGAGCGCGAGCCGGAGCGCGCGGACUUCCGGCAGCUGAGCUCCCGCGACGUGGAGCUGUUCAAGGCGGGGAUGGAGUACGGGCGGCAGAUCGGGAGCGGAAACAGGCAGCCGGAGAACCCUCAUGCCGAGGGACGCAACCCGGACCAGCCAAGCACCCCGGAGGGAUCCCCCGAGCACGACACAGAAACAGAGUAUCAUGCGGACCGUUCCAGCAGCCCGGAGGAGCCCUCCGAGCCCGUGGCAAGACACGAGGAUGUGUCAGAGUAUCACCUUGAGAACGCUGACGGACCGGUUGACACUCAGAACGCUUACGCGGAGCCGCAAGAGCACCGAGACGAAGAGUCGGGACACGCAAACGGUGACGAGCACGAGAGCCCGGUAGAGCAAACCGAGCAGUAUUCCGAAGGACGCGAGGAACGGGAAGAGCAUACGGAGCAAGCGUACGGAAACGAGGAGCAUGACGAGCGGAUGCGGACACCGGAACCGGAACAGGAAUACGCACCGGAGCCAACGCCGGAACCUACACCGGAACCUACACCGGAACCCACUGAAUACACGCCGGAAACGAAACCGGACCCGACACCGGAACCGACGCCGGAACGGACGCCGAGCCCGACUGCAGCGCCCACACCCGCGCCCACGAAAGCGGCUGUAACGCUGAAGCCAUCUGUCUGGCCAGCGUUACAGUCGAAGGACGGGAAGCCGAUCGCGAUCGAGGCUGCAACGGGCCAGAACCUGAACGUUCUGUCGUGUUCCGCUCUGCAAGCGAAUGUGCACCUGACGAACGGAAAGGACGGAACGCUGUACAUCGACAAAGUGGGCGUCACCUUCAAGUGGCAGAAGAUCCAGGUCGACGCCGCGAGCACCGCGGCCGCGCGCGCGCAGCGCUUCUACGGCAAGCUGACGACACCGAACAGGCCCCUGCUGGAUCGCCAGCGCCGCUACUUCUUCAACGGAAUGACCGUCGACCGGAGCGGAAACGAAGUAUACGUGGCCGUCAACGACAGCCCAGUGCUCCACAUCCAGAUCGUUCCGUCCGGCGCUUCCGCCACCGGACCCUUCCUGGAUUAUCUCAUCGUGCAAGUGUUGGGCGUCCCUGCUGGCGACACGUGUCACGGCCUGAUUGGCCAGACGUUCGUUCCUGGCCACGGUGAUCGGGUGGACGGCUCGCCGGCGGACUACCUCGCUGACGAUGUGCUGAGCACGACUGGGGCUUACUCCCGGUUCCAAGGUCAGUGGUAUCAGGCUCUCGGAAUCUCGCCUGCCCCGGGCGCUGUUAGCCCCACCUCGAGCCCACACUAG